GCAUCUCGUUCGAAACAAAAACAAGUUUUAGGACUAAUCACAAUACGAACGUGAUGGCUGGUCACAUGUCACAGAGAAUAUGCAAUAUCUUAAUCAUUGUAACGUUAGCCACGAUGAUGUUUUCAGCACAAAUCGCCGAAUCGAACAAGAUAGCGCUACAAGUAUGUCUUCACAACUGUGUUACGAACGUGUGCAUGAAGGCAGGCAAGAAAGCAACUCCAGCCAAAUGUAAGGACGCAUGCAGUCAAGUUUGUGAUGAUAACCCAUUCAAUAAUGAGGGAUACGUCGUCCCUCCUGGUAAAGGCGACAAUCCUCUGGUUAAAUUUUGCAAACGAUUUCCCUGGAUAUGUUCGUAAAAUAGUAAUUACGAUAACAACGAAAAACAAAAAAAAUAAAAACAAAUUGUCUUAUUUUGUGCUACUUUUUUGUAUUUUUGAUAUCAUGUACGUAUCAAUUCCUUUUGAAUAAGAUAAUUUAAGAUGAAACAAA